AUGAAUACCAUCAUGCAACUCUCCGUUCUCCUCCUGGCCUUCCUCGCCCAAACUACUCUCGCCACCUGGCCUAAGCGAGGUGUCCCCUUCAACGACGUCUCCCUCAUCCAACACUUCAACGGCGGCGGUUCCCAAGUCAACUGGGCCUGGAACUGGGAUUCCUACAUGCCAACCUCCUUCCCCACCUCCAUGGAAUUCAUUCCUUGUCUCUGGUCCGAUUCCUCCGAUCACACCUCCGUUUGGGCCGCCAACGUCAAUGCUGCCAUUGCUCGUGGUACCGGUCACAUCAUGGCAUUCAAUGAACCCGAUGCAUGUGGAGGAGGUCAAUCAUGCAUGAGCCCUCAACAAGCUGUCAAUGCCUGGAAGACCUACAUUCAACCUUUUGCAGGCCGUGCUGCAUUGGGUGCUCCCCAAGUUACAAAUGGUCCUAGCGGAUUGCCUUGGUUACAAUCUUUCUUGAGCUUAUGCACAGGCUGCCAGAUUGACUUUGUGCCAAUUCAUUGGUAUGAGAGUGUUGGAGGUCAAAAUUACUUGGCGGACUUUUAUAACUAUGUUGGUGCUGCUUAUGCGGCUGGUGGAAAUCGUCCAAUCUGGGUUACUGAGUUCGCUCUCUGGGACCCAGCCACAGAAGCCCAGCAAGAAAAUUUCAUCGCCCAAGUCAUGCCCUGGAUGGAUAAUCUCUCCUGGGUCUCCCGCUAUUCCUGGUUCAUGUGCACCUCCGACUACAACCUCGAGCCGCAAGGUUCCUUAUGCAAUGCAGAUGGAAGUCUCAGCAAUUUGGGAAAUGAUUAUACCUAUUCUCCUUUUUAA